AUGGAAGAAGAAGGAAACAUCUCUGCUUCUAGAGGGAGACCUGACAAGGAUAGAUGGGACGAGUAUAGCAUCCUCAACGACAGUUCUUACAAAGGAGGAGUGACGGAUAAAGGAAACUCUCUUGAAUGGAAGUCAUUUGAAAAAGAAGAAUGUGUCUUCUCGGAAGAGUUGCCAGAAAAGAUAGAGGGUUUGCAGGAAGAGGAGGGAUCUAGGGAGAAGAAAAAAGACUGGGAUGGAGAGAUCAGGAAGGGGAAUGAUAAUCCCAUAAGGCCAAGGAAAUAUGUUGCAAGUAAUACCGAGUAUGAUAGGGGAGAAAAAGGAAGCCCAACUUCGGAGGAAGCCAAAAAGGAGAUCCUCUUGGAGAAUCUGGGGGUUCAUCAAAACAUUUCAAAGCAGAGAUAUGAAGAGCAUAUAAGGAAGUUAAGGGCGGCAAGCGAUAAGUACACGGGGGAAGGAGAAGAAGUAGAGGAUUUGGUAGGGGCUCGGAAAGCACAGACAGAAAAAGAAGAGAAUAUGAGAAGGGCCCUCAAGAUACAAGAGAACGAUCUUUGGAUCAAGGACCAAGAGAUUGUCUUACUUCGAGAAAAGGUGGCAAGACUUGAAAUGAAGAUGGAAAUUGAAGGGAAGGAGUAUAUAGAGAAGUGUAUCCAAAGGGGAGAGGCAGCCGUGAAGAUUCUAGAGGAAGAAAUGAAGAAGGAACGAAGGGAGCUUCUGGAGAGGAUUGGGCAGGAGACAGAAAAAUCAAGGGUGCUAUCCCGGAGGGUCGAGGGUCUUAAGAAGAUCAUCAACGAGCUGGUUCGCAAGAUAAAAAGAAUGAAGCAGAGAUCGGAGGGGUGA